AUGCGCCAAAGUUUCAAACUUUUAAAUUUCGCGCCACGAAGUUUGAAUAGAGUUGAAUUGUGGGAAGGAUUUGAAAACGAGGCGUUGCCAACUACAGGAUGGAAAAAAUUGAAGGAUAUGAGGUUAAGAAACGACUGGGAAAAGGAGCCCAAGGAUCGGUAUUUCUUGUCGAACACGAAAAUGCAAAAAAUGGAGAAAAAUUUGUGCUGAAAAAGGUUGAGUGCAAUGAUGAGAGCGAAGCCAACAAAGCAUUUAAAGAGGCCAUGGCCUUACAAGAGCUGAAACACCCUUACAUAUGUGGCUACAAAGAAUUCUUUGUAACAUGGGACAAAAAGGAAUCGGCCAUGUUUGUUUGUAUUGUGAUGGAUCACUAUGCCAAUGGUGAUCUCGAUAAGGUCCUUAAACAGAAGCGAGCCAAGAAGGAGCCCAUCGAGGAACUGAUCAUUAAGAAAUGGCUAGGACAAAUGGUUGAAGCAUUGGUGUUUGUACAUAAGAAAAAAGUCAUACACAGGGAUCUCAAGCCAAGUAAUAUAUUCAUGAAGGAUGACCUUGGUAUUUCAUUGGGAGACUUUGGUGUAGCAACCAUUAUGGGAGAUGCUAGGACCAAGACGAGGACUACUGUAGGGUCUAUGAACUGGAUGGCGCCAGAAGUCCUCGAACGUCCAUAUGACGAGCGAUCCGAUGUCUGGUCUGCGGGCUGUAUCACACUAGAGACUGCGACGUGUGGAAUAUUGGACUCCCAGCAGCAAAGUGGUCUUCUGUUCGAGAUAAAAAAUAACCCACAACCCCUCGAGGAAACUUUAGAGAAGAUUACACAGGCUGGAUACUCACAGGAUUUGGCCUCAGUUAUCCGCACUAUGCUUCGAAGGAACUUUAAACAAAGGCCAACUGCAAAGGACCUCCUAGAUUUGCCUUAUAUUAAAGAUUGUCUUACACUUAUAAAGUCAGAACUGGCAGAGAGGCAACCAAGAAUUGGGUCUUCAAUUCCUAAAAAACCAGUUCCAAAAGGCAAUGGCACUGACGCUGUUAUCAAAUACCUCCAAGAAAAUGGUCCAAACGAGGUCAGUGUCCAGAGUGCUUUGGAGUAUCUUGUUGAAAUCACCAAGGAAGAAGGGACUGUCAUCAGUAAAGAUGGGAAGAAAACUAUAACAAAAGCCAUGAGAGAUCACAUAAAAUGUGUGGAAGUACAAAUAGCAGGGUGUAACAUUAUAAAUAACCUUAUAGUCACAGCUGAGCAGGAUGAUAUUCUAUACACAAAUGAGAUCAUCCCAGUUAUCCCCCUAGCCAUGAAGUCCCACUCAGGCUCUUCCCAGCUCCAACAGUCCGCUUGUGCGGCUCUCAUGGCCCUUUCAGCUGAUGAGGGUGCAGCUGAAGUAAUAGGUAAUGUGGGGGGUGUACAGGAUGUACUUAGUGCCAUGAGGACGUUCCCAAGGAAUUCAGAACUCUGCGCUACAUGUUGCAACGCCAUCUGGAGUCUCUCAGUCACAGAGGGUAAUGCUAAGAUAGUGACAGAAGAGAAGGGCCUUCAAGAUGUAUGCAAUGCAAUGUCCAACCACAGUGACAAUGGUGAUCUAAUAGAAGCUGCCGCAGCUGCCUUACUCUCCCUCUCUAUGGAAGAUGACAACAUGGAGCUAGUGAGUGACCUAGACUGUGUUGGGUUACUGAUUGCUGGUAUUGAGGCACAUAUAGGGGAUGCAAAGGUUGUCAAGAAUGCAUGUAUGGCACUAGCUAGUCUCGUAGAACCUGAUGAGGAGAGUGCGUUCAAAGUGCUCAGCAACAAUGAAGUGUCAGGAAUUCCAAUUGUUAUGAAGGCAUACGAGUCUCACAAAGAUAACGCAGAAGUUGUAGAAAAUAUUUGUACAUUAUUUAUGGAACUUGUAGAAUAUGAGGAUAUAGCCGAUGACAUGGCACAUCUAGGUGUUGGGAGUGAUCUUCUCUCAGAUGUACAUAAACGAUAUAAAGAUAAUAGGGAUGUCAUGGCACCUUGUGAAGCUGCCCUCACAAAGUUAGGAGGCGGCAAAGCUAGCAACAGACCGACAUCUGCUAGAAAUCGGCCAAAAAGUGUUGCAAAAUAAGAAAUAAUAGUCAAAAGCAUUAUUGGAAGGAAGAUGGAAAUAAUUAAUGAUAAAUUACAAUGAAAUUCUCAAAGAAACAAAAAGGGUUUAACUGUUGAAUUACAAAAAUUCAGAUCAGAUUGUUGGUGGAAGGAAAUUAUGAAUCACUUGAGAGAAAAAUAUCACGGUGUGUGUGUUUAAAUGGAAAAAAACAGGCUAAACAAUGGAAUUACAUACAUGCUUGUAGUCAGGACUUUAAAUUAUACAGAAUUGCUUCAAAAGGUCACUGAUAACCACAAUGGCCAUUUUCAUCAUUCGGUGUAAACAUUAGGAUUUCAAUGUUUAGUGAUGGGAUAGGCCUGUUUGAGAAAAGUAUAUACCCCUUAUCAGAUUAAAGAUGAAAAUAUGGUAUCUUAAACUCAACAAAAUUAUUCUGAGCAGUGGUCAUGUGUUUGUGCAUAUGAAGUCCAGUAAUCAUGUACAGUGGACAUAUCUCUUUUCUUUUGAUUAUUCCGUGCAUAUUUAUUGAAAUACUGAAGGUGCCAAUAAAAGCAAAUAAGACCAAU